UUUUUUUUUUCUAUUUUUCAACGCGGAAUGCAAAGUACACGCAGCCAAUAACAGCAUGGAAAAAGCGUCUGAUUCUGAAUUGAUUGCAUUUUGCUUCGAUAAGCAUUUGUUAUCUCUCCGUGAGCGGAGGCAGCUUGGUUUUUUUUGAUAAGGAAGUAAAAACUGACUAAAAUAAAAGUAAAUAUACAUUUUAUCCUUUUUUUUGUUUGUUUUGUGUAGGCAGCUGUUUUUCCUAGGGAAUCGAGCGAGAUCGAAUAUGGCUUCUCCACCACCUAGGAUCGUCGAUCCCGAGAAUGUUGGCGGCCUCAUCAACAGAGUCAUGGCCCGCCAUCAACUAAAACCCCAGAAUAUCAAAAAAGCCAACAGGGCAUUCGUGGUACAUGGCAGGGGAGAGUUCUGCUGCAAUUUCUGCGCUAAUUCAUGGGAGUCUUUUUUCUCGUGGAUUCAAGUGGACCUCUUGGAUCAGAGGAUUACGUACAGGUGGAAGAUGAAAUGUAAAUUGUGCUGCGCCAAUCCCAGGCAUAUAGGUGUCGAACCCACUUUUGAUUUGGAAGAAACAGAAAAGCUGGUAGAAAAAGCAAUUUACACGUAUAAAGGAGAACGAUAUCCUAGAGGCACUGCCUACAGAGGUUCCCGAAUUCCGCAUCCCAACAUCCUUUGUGAAAAAUGUCUCUGGGGCCAAACACAAUGCUGGUUGGCUAUUCAUCGUUAAAAUAGCACCUUUCACAUCACCAUCAUCAUGAAAGCGCCCACUCGUCAUUCCAAUGAAGAUUCAUCAACUUUCUGUUAAAAAUAUUAUUCUUCAUUGUUAAAAUUCUUCUUUUUCCAAUUUUUUUUAAAUACUCAUUUUUUUUAAUAAAAAUGUUUAUUUUAAUAUGUAAAUUAUGCGC